UUUGACUUUGAAUAUUGACGUCUGCGGUCUGUGCUUUUUCUCAUCAUUUUCUUCAGUUUUCUUUUUAUCUAUUCUUUAAUAUUAAAACUAUUUACUGAGUUAUUUAAAUUUAGCUAAAUCCUAUUUAAGAAAAUGGCUGAUCCAGAGUUGGAUAAAAUAAGGCAGCAGCGCUUGGCACAAUUACAGGCCCAACAUGGGGGUGGUGAUCCAAAUCAAGCUAAGGCGCAGGAAGAACGGAUGCAAGCAAUGGAAGAAGCAAAACACUCAAUUCUGGCACAAGCACUUAGUCAAGAUGCCAGAGCACGAUUAAAUACAAUCAAGUUAAGCAAGCCAGAGAAAGGUGCUAUGGUGGAAAACAUGAUCUGCAGAAUGGUCCAAAUGGGACAAGUCGGCACUAAGAUAUCUGAACAGGAACUUAUUCAAUUGCUCGAAUCAUUGAACCAGCAAAUGCCCAAAUCAACAAGCACUGUUAAGUUUGAUAGAAGAAGAGCAGCUCUCGAUUCGGAUGACGAAGAUUUCUAGUAUCUACUCAAAAGUGCAUUUAUUAUUGUCCUAUAGCUUUGCAAGUUCGUUCGUAACACUCCCGAUGGUCCGCGCGGGCCGUGAGGUAGCAAUUCCCCGCUUGCACGACUUUAUACCCGGCAGCCCUCCCCCCGUCGCCCGCAUAUCAUGGGAGUGUCAUCAACGAACUUGCCAAGCCAUAACCACUAAUACUGAAAGACUGAAGAACAUUGUAUGAGAUCUUUUAUUUUACUCUGCUAUUUUUGCAUUUUGUCUCUUACAAUAUACUUGAACUUUGUGAAAUUCUAAAAAAGUUGUUAAGGAUUAAAGUUUUCAGUAUUACAAAUCUAGAUGCUCUAUUUGAAAAUUUAAAUACUUGAAAAAUUUUUGUCAUUGUUUUGUUGCAGUAAUAAUGUUCUUUUAGUUAUUUUAUUAGACUAGGAAUAACAUUUUAAAAGAUAACCAUUUUGGUCUUUAUGUUUAAAGCAUAAUGCUACUUUUCACUACUUAACACAUUUUGCUGCAAAAUCAACAGCGCCUUAUUAUUUUUGGUAACAAUAAUGGAAGCAAAAAGCUUUGUUUUAUGAGAUUUCAUGUGGAUAUACAUAUUUGAGGUCAUAGCUCACUAUAGCCAUCCAGCACUCUUAAAUUUGGUGUCCACUCAUUUAUAUGGAAUCCAUGAGUGACAUGUCUAUCUCUCCAUCUUUAGUAUUACGUUUUUUUUUAUUCUUUACAAGUUAGCCCUUGACUACAAUCUCACCUGAUGGUAAGUGAUGAUGCAGUCUAAGAUGGAAGCGGGCUAACUUGUUAGGAGGAGGAUGAAAAUCCACACUCCUUUCGGUUUCUACAAGGCAUCGUACCGGAACGCUAAAUCGCUCGGCGGUACGUCUUUGCCGGUAGGGUGGUAACUAGCCACGGCCGAAGCCUCCCACCAGCCAGACCUGGACAAAUUAAGAAAAUCUCAAUGUUCCCAGCCGGGGAUCGAACCCAGGACCUCCGUUUUGUAAAUCCACCACGCAUACCACUGCGCCACGGGGGCCGUCAAAAACGGUAGACAGAGAUAUAGUUUUAGAAUCACACUAUCGACUUA